AUGGCGACCACGAAGGCUAUUGUGGUUCUUCCCGGGGAAAAGGCCGCUGGAAUCAGAGAGGUCCCCAUGCCUCGAAUCCGAGACGAUUGGAUUCUUGUCAAGACCAAGGCGGUCGCUCUCAAUCCCACCGACUGGAAACACAUUGAUUUUGCUUAUGCGAAUGCUGGAUCCAGGAUCGGUUGCGAUUACGCAGGCGUUGUGGAGGAGGUCGGCAGCAAGGUCACAACCUUCAAAAAGGGCGAUCGAGUCGCUGGAUUCACCCACGGCGGACAUCGCAUCGAUCACGAAACCGGCGCCUUUGGAGAGCACAUCCUUGCAAAAGCGUGCGUGCAGAUCAAGAUCCCGGACCAUUUGGACUUUGAGCGCGCGGCAUCGAUGCCUGUAUCGAUGUACACAUGCGGACUAGGCUUAUACAAAGCACUCCAGCUUCCUCUUCCCAGCGAGCCAGCGAACGAACCUUUUCCCCUCCUUAUACACGGCGGCAGCACAGCCUCCGGCAUAUGGGGGAUUCAAUUCGCCAAGGCAUCUGGGCUGACUGCAGUCACGACAGCCUCGCCACGAAACUUCGACUACCUCAAGUCGCUCGGCGCCGACGCAGUUUUCGGCUAUCACUCUCCCACAUGUGGCGCCGACAUCAGGGCUUUCACGAAGAACAAGCUGAGAUAUGCUUGGGACUGCGUUGGCGGUGGGGAGAUUAUAUGCGGUGAAGCCCUGAGCACCGUCAAGCCCAGCAAGUAUGGAGGCAUCAGCGCCGUCCCCACGAAUAUAGAGCUUCUCAACAAAACGAAUCCGCUGGUUGAGGGCCAUUUCUUCACCGUGACCUACAACAUACUUGGCGAGCCGUAUGAAUGGCAGAACACCAUCGUGCCGCCAGCCAUAGACGAUAUGGAAUUCGCCAUCAUGUUCAAAGAAAUCGCCCUGGGCCUCAUCGAGAAGGGAAGUCUCAAAUUCAUUAGACUUGACUUGAACCACGGGGGUAGUGGUCUGGAAGGUGUGAUGAAAGGCUUGGAUGAAAUGCGAAAGGGACGUGUCAGCGGUCACAAGUUGGUAUACACCAUGUAA